AUGCUGACGCAGCUGCAGACGGAGGCACGCAAGGAUCUCCGCUCCAACUCCACCACAGCCACCGAGCUGCUGCUGCAGAGCACCGAAGCCCUCGUGCUACGGGCAGCCCUCAAAGGCCCUGGCUCCGGCCCCCAAAACUUCAACACCUCCACCAUGGAGGCCACGGUAGAGGUGGUGCGUGACAACUGCCCCCGGACCACGCUGGUGCUGGCGGUGGGCAAGGAGAACCUCACCAUCAGCUGCCGUGAGGUGGUGAGCAACGCCCAGGCAGGCAAGAACGCGGUGGCCUUCAUCGUCUACAAGGAGAUAGAGGAGUUGCUGAACGGCAUCACGGAGCUGCACCAGGAAAGGCUCAACUCCCACGUGGUCGGCAGCACCGUGGGGACGACCGACGACACCUUCAAAGUCACCUUCAACAUCAGCCUGCGGCACCGCACGACGGCGGGUACCAAAGGCCGCUGGACGUCCUCGGGCUGCACCCGCGUGGGGGGUGACGCCCUCCACUCCAUCUGCACCUGCACCCACUUCUCCACCUUCGCCAUCCUCGUGGCCACCCACCCCAUCGUGGACAGCUUCGCGCUGACGGUGGUCACCUACGUGGGGAUGUCGGUAUCGCUGGUCUGCCUCUUCCUCGCCAUCGUCACCUUCCUCCUGUGCCGCUCGCUCUGGAGCGUCAGCGUCGCCCUCCACCUGCAGCUCAGCAUCUGCCUCUUUGCUGCCGACCUCCUCUUCCUCGUGGCCGUGCCCCACACGGCCAACAAGCUGGCGUGCGCCAUCACGGCGGGCUUCCUCCACUACCUCUUCCUUGCCUGCUUCGCCUGGAUGUUCCUGGAGGGUUUGCAUCUCUUCCUCACCGUCAGGAACCUGCGCGUCCUCAACUACACCAGCACCGCUCGCUUCAGGAGAAGAUACAUCUACCCCGUGGGCUACGGCACGCCGGCCGUCGUGGUGGCCAUCUCCGCCGCCAUCCAUCCUGGCGGCUACGGCACUGAGCACUACUGCUGGCUGAGCAUGGAGAGCGGCUUCAUCUGGAGUUUCCUCGGCCCCAUCUGCGUCAUCAUCCUGGUUAAUUUGCUGUUUUUUCUCACCACCCUCUGGACGCUGCGGGACAAACUCUCCUCCCUCAACGCUGAUGUCACGGCCCUAAAAAACACCCGGCUGAUGACAUUCAAGGCACUGGCGCACAUCUGUAUCCUGGGCUGCACGUGGGGUCUGGGCUUGCUGCAGGCGCAGGGGAACAAUAUAGUGGUGGCCUUCAUCUUCACCAUCGUCAACAGCCUGCAAGGAGCCUUCAUCUUCCUUGUGCACUGCGUCCUCAACCGGCAGGUGACGGAGCAGUACCGGCGCUGGUUUAGGGCGCUGGGGCGACAAGCGCACCCCCCCGAGAUGCCCAGCACCGAGAUACAAGUCACCUAUGUCACGGAAGGGGAGAAGCAGCACAGCCACAGCACCGAGGGCUGCAUGUGGGAGAAGUGA